GAACAUCAUAUGUCUGUUGAGCCGUCGGCUAAUGUCCUCUUUUUUCCUUUUCCAGAUCCUUGUGCUGUCUCAGUGGGGGUACCACCACCAAGCUUACGUUCUCUCCAUCACUCCCUGCAACUACGUACCUACAGGCUAGACGCAAACCUCUCAACAACCGUUUGUUAGGUGAUUGGUUAGUUUUUUCGUGACUCCAGAAAUACGGUGAUAUUUGUUGUUUGGCCAUGAACGACGAGGAGAAUUUGCAAAAGAUUAUGAUGAUGGGCUUCACGGAUGAGGAAAAUAUAAGAGCUGUCUUAAAGUCUUGCAGUUCAGAUGUGAAUGAAGCAAUUUCUCUAUUGGCAUCUGAGGGUACAUACUCAGGAAAUAGUUGUAAUUUCUUAUCGGACAAUAAUGUAGUCAAUGAACAAGUAUCAGAAGAUAAAUGUUCUGGAAGAGGAGAUACUUCAGUGGAAAAAGACAUGGAUCCACUCGAUAACAUGAUCAAAGGACAUGAUAUUAGCCGAGGAUUUACAUCUUUUGAAUUUAACAGACUUCAGAAUCGCAUUUCUACAGAACAGUGGGAUAUUCCCUGUUUAAGAUCACAAUCUCUUGGCCUUUGUCUGUUGGGCACCAUUCAUGAAAUCAAAGUUAAUGGUCUGAAAAUCUUCGACUUAUACCCUGAAGCUGAACGAUUCCUCACUAGCUGCCUCAAAGAAUGUGUUUCUAAGGAAUUAUAUCGCAUUUACCAGUGUGGUUCACCAACAUGGCUUUCAGACUCUGUUCUUAACUGUGACAAGAUUGUAGAGAAAUUUUCUGAGAUCUUCAAACCAGCGAAGUUAAAUAACAUCCACCGUAUAGGUAAGAAAGCUAUUGGUCUUCAUUUUUGUGUCCUCCUUUCCGAACGCCCGUUGGAUACAUCUGAGGUUAUCUGGAAUGUAUUGAAAGAAUCACCGGACAAGCCACCUUCGAAAAAUGUAUCAGAAGUGCUUUCGACUAUCUUCGGGACAAACCUGAGCUAA